UAACGAGUGUUUCUUCUUCACCCGCCUCAUAUUUAUUUUAGUUUCUUCUUCCUCAGAUUCCUCGAACUGAUCAGACAUAAUCUUCAAUCCAUGUCCGAAUUGUUCUUUUUCCAAACAACUCUUUGUUUUUAAAUAUGACUACUCCCACAACGCAAUUCGCGCCUUCGAGUAGAAUGAGUUUGUACGAACCCCUGCACCAGAUUAGCAUGUGGGAAGAUGCCUUUGAUGGUGAUAUCAGCCCCAGAACAGGUGUUUGUUUAAUCAACGACUCGGACGAAAAACUAGACGACAAGGCGGAAUACACUUCCGAUAAAUCAAUCGAACUCAUUGAAGAUGGUCAUGCAUCAAGGGGUAUCUCCGAGAAGAAUCAAAGACGAUUAGCACAAAACCGUGAAGCGGCUAGGAAAAGCCGUCUAAGGAAGAAGGCUUAUGUUCAGCAAUUGGAAUCGAGCCGUUUGAAACUAGCACAGCUCGAGCUUGAAAUCGAGAGAGCUAGGCAACAGGGUAUGCUUAUUGCUAAUGCGAACGCUAGUAUGGGAUUAUGCAGUCCAGUAAACUCGGGACUUGGUGCAUUUGAGAUGGAAUACGGGCACUGGAUCGAAGAGCAAGAACGGAAAAUAUCGGAGCUGAAAAAUGUACUGCAAUCUCCAAUAGGUGAUGUGGAGCUUCGAAUGAUGGUUGAGAAUAUGUUAAACCAUUAUUGCAAUUUAUUCCGCAUGAAAAAAGAUGCCGCGAGAAUCGAUGCUUUCUACUUGGUCUCCGGCAUGUGGAGGUCCUCAGUCGAGCGGUUCUUCCUUUGGAUUGGUGGUUUCCGGCCUUCGGAGCUCAUUAAUGUUGUAAUGCCACAGCUGGAGCCGUUGACAGAUCAGCAAAUAGCUAACGUCGGGAAAUUAAAACAUUGUUGUAUACAAGCAGAGGAUGCUUUGUCACAAGGAAUGGAUAAGCUUCAGCAAACACUUGCACAGAGCAUUACCUUUCUUGCUCCCGCUCCCGGAAAUUACUGCUCUCAGACUGCCUCUGCUCUCGAGAACUUGGAAUCCCUCGAAAGCUUCGUACACCAGGCUGAUCAUCUUAGGGAGCAAACUCUGCAGCAAAUGUCUCGUAUAUUGACAACCCGUCAAGCAGCAAAGGGUUUACUUGCUUUCGGGGAGUAUUUUCAACGUCUACGCGCACUCAGCUCCCUCUGGUCCGCUCGUUCCCCACGAGAAACUGUUUAAUUUACGGAAAACGACACAUAUAUAUAUAGGUAUAGUAGUUCAUCCUGUAGUAUAUAUACCAUGGUUAGAUAUAAUUUAUGUACAUUAGAUAUUUAUAAUUUUGCCUCAGACAGUAUUGAUUUUGCAAUCCAAUUACUGAUGCUACUUCUUAUGUAUGGACUUUGUGUGUAUAUAUUCUUUAGUAAUAUAGUUGAUAAGUUUGUUCAUCGCUCGA